AUGGCAGCGGUGGUUCUGUACGGCCGUCGAAGAGGAGCUAGUAAAAACGAUGAAGCCAUUAGAGCUAUGCAGCCACCAGACCUCCGACAUGUUACUGUCUUAAGUAAGGCUGAAUGGCUGAGGAUUCAAGAUGAACUGAGUGGGGUUAAUAAAGAAGAGAAGAGAAUAAGAGAGGCAGCUAAACAGCGAGAGAACCUACACCUGCAGUCACAGGAGGUGGUGAAACUUUGGCCUGAUACCCUCCAUGGACAAAGGCUGAAAAGGCUGCAGGAAAAGAAGAUUCGAAAGGAAAUUGAGGAGGAGCAAAUGAGACUGGCUGACUUAGAAGAAGCAAAAUACCAGGAGCAGAGGCGGAAGGAGAUUAUUGAAAAAGCCAAGACUCAGCUCUACUGUCAAACCGACAGAGUCAAAGGACUACAUAGUGCACUCCUGCUGACAGAGGUGCUGAAGGAGAGGGAUGCUCAGAUUGAGCUUAAACAAAGAAGAAAGAGUGCCAGUAUAGAUGUGGACAAAGCAUUUCUGCAUAUGGUACAGACUAGAGAGGAUGAAGCCUUGAAACAGGAGCAGGAGAAGGCACUGCAGAGGAAGCUUGUGAGACAGGUUGCUGCACAAGACCUAAGAAACCAAAUAAAGGAAAAUGAGCUGCUGAGAGAGCGACAAAAGCUGGAGAGCAAGAAGGAUGGAGACGAAAUCCAGCGUCUCCAAGUGCUGCAUCAGCUGGAGCGAAGGAUGGAGGCAGAAAGACAAGCAAAUCAGAAAAGAAGCCUCAUGCAAGCUCACCAGGAGCAUAUCACCAACAGAGACCUCAUAAGAGCCACAGAUGCUCAGAAACAGGAGGCUGAAGAGGAGCAAAGGAAACUGUUUCUCUCUACUAAGCAAAAAAUCAUGAAGUUACGCAAAGAAAAAGAAAAAGAGCUGCUUAGAGAGGCCCAGACACGUAAAGAAAGGAUCAUAAACAGACUGACGGUCACACAGCAGGAGCAAGCUGUCAGCGAGGAGCAGAAGAUCGCAAAGGCUGUCGCAGAGAGGGAGGCGAAACAGGCGCAGCAGCAACUGGAGGAGGAUGAGAAGAAAGCUGAGAUGUUGAAGUCCAUCAGUAGACAAGAGAAGGAGGAGAAGGACAAAAUAGAGAGGAAGAAGGCCCAAGAAGCACUGCAGGCCAAAAAAGAGGCUGACAGAAUAUUUACUGAGAAGCAGCAACGAAAGGUUAAGAAAAUCAGAGAAGAAGAAAGAGAGGUGCAAGACUUCAAUGCUGUGCAAAUGGCUGGAAAAAGUGCCAGACUUCAGCAGCUGAGAGAACAGGAACAUGAGUUUGAAGCGAAGAAUGCAGAACUCAUCGCUGAAGAGGAAAACCGCUUCCAGCAGUAUUCACAGCAAAUCAUCAACGCUGCAGCAGAGGCUCAGCGAAACGUGUUUCCACUUUGUAAAGCUGCGAGGGAAGGGAUCGGAGGUGGGUCCAGUCCUGUUUUUAGUGGAGUCAGGCCAAGUUACCUUGUUCAGGACCGCACUGGAGCUCAGAUGCCCAAAUAUGUCUCAGUGGCCACCCAGAACAUCAAAAAGCUUCACGAAGCUGUAGAUAUUCAGGAUGCCAAGAGAAGACUUGGAUUCACAUGGUGA